ACAUCGUGCACAAAGGUAUCUCAGCGCUCGGAGCACGUUCAGUCGUUUUCCCUCGCAAAUUUCCUUCAAUCAAGUUCAGUGCAGUUUUUGGACCGUGCGUGCUUUGAAAAGUAUUCAAAUAUAUGCAGCUAGUUGUCAGCUACCGACCAGUACCGUUUUAAGUGAUAUAUGGUUAACUGUAUGCGAAGAAAAAUCCGAUUGCCGGUUUCGUGCUGUGACUGAUUGUGAUCAUCGGCCCAAGUGAACGACAUGCCGCCAUUUUGAAAACGACAUCCAUUGUCUCCCGGUAAAAUUAAUGUCAAAAUUCUUUGACAGAACUGGCUCUCACUCGAAUUUAUUUGUGGCAUAAAAAAAAUCGUUUAUUUGCUAUAUGAUUCUGCAGUAGUUUAGUUUCAGUUGAGAAGGAUUUUGUGCAAUUGUCGAUGACGAAAUUGUUUGCAAGUGACUUACAAGAACGGGUGUAAACGGGAACGUUCAGGGAAGUUGUACAACUGAGCCGCAGCAAAUUAGUCACUCACCAACACCGAGAAGGGCGAUUCAUCCGUCGUGAGACCACCAAUCAAAGGCGAAUAUUUUGAAUUUUGAACUCGACUGCGGUUUGUGUUGCGCGACACUAACACUUAUAGAGGGCACCGGUCCCAGUGUAUUGCUAGGGACGAUAGAACUCGGACGAAAUUGUAUUUCCCUCCAUUCCUGGAGAUUAGUCGAGCACGAGAGUGGUUCAUAUGAAGAGUGUAGUGCGCGCGAAAGGCAGAUCGUACGUUUGUUAUUACUGUGUGCUAUCUUCUUCCCUGGUGGACAUAUUCGGGAAGAGAUCGUCGUUACGACGCAAGUUGAGUGGUUUCGUCCGGAUACGCAAAACGAACGUGAAGAUAAGAAUAAUUUUUUGGACUAAUGAGUGGCGAAACAAUCUUGCGGUCGUAAAUCAAAACAAAAAAAUUUUCCUUGCGAAAGUGUAUUAGUCUAACCGAUUACAAUGUUCGAACUGGAGGAAAUGAGCAACGGAUUUCACGACGUGUUACUCAAUAAAUACAAUGACACGACUCCCAUCAUGGACCUGUACGUGUCGGACUCGAUGCAGGACAUGCUGGACAUCGACAUCAAAUCCGAAGUCGCCACCGUCGUCGGUGGUGCCAACGAGUUCAGCUCGCUGAUGAACUUCGAUCUGCCGUCGCUGGAGCUGGACACGAACUCGAACGAUGCGGAAAGUGGUUGGUGCGGAGGUGGCCCGACCAGAUGGUCUAGCACCGAUAUCUACGCCGACGUGGGCGCCUGCGUCAACCCGAACUCGGUGAUGCCUGUCAUUUCUUCCGUGCAGAGUCUGCUCAAGAGCCCGAAGCAAAACGUGAACCUCAACACGACCGUUAGUGCGGUUAACGAUCCAACGCUGCCCAGUCCGAAGGAGCGCAAGAGUCACCUUACCUUUUCACCCAACACAAUCAAGGUCCCAAUGGUGGUGCAGGAGGCUAAGAAAGUCGCAGCUGCCGGAAUGACGCAAAUCCAGCGAAUAAACGGUGUCGACACGGUCAAGAAAGAUUUGUCCAACCAAAUGCAGAAAGACGAGAGCAACAAAAUUGUUGUCAGGAAUCAUCAACCUCUCAGCGGUGGAUCAAGUCCAAGCUCCGGAUUGGGCGUUGGCCUGGGUAAAGGCAACACGAUAAAACUAGCAGCCGGAAUCGGAGGGUUAACAUUCGCUAACGGGGUGCAGUUUAAGAACCUUAAAAACGUACAAAAGAUCUCUGCAAUCAAUACCGCAAACGGUUUAAAACGCGAUGCCAGCCCAGCGAGAAUCGUAAAUGGGACUACCACUAUCCCCCAAGGACAGACCCAGUUGAUUAGCAUCAAUGGCACAACACAGAAGGUCUACAGUCGAAGUCUCAUUGUCUCGAACGGAGGCAAGCCUGCCAACAUGAUGCAAAUGGCCAACAAAAACGUUGCCAUCGCAACCGUGGCUCCAAAGUCCAAGCCGAAACCUCCGGUGGAAGGCGCCUUCCCAAAGCCUGCAUACUCUUACUCCUGCUUGAUUGCAAUGGCACUGAAAAACUCUCGCGCUGGAUCUCUGCCUGUUUCGGAGAUCUACAGCUUCAUGUGCGAACACUUCCCGUAUUUUAAGACCGCCCCGAACGGCUGGAAAAAUUCCGUGCGGCACAAUCUGUCGCUUAACAAAUGCUUCGAAAAAAUCGAGAAACCGGUAACGAACGGCGGUCAGCGAAAGGGUUGUCUCUGGGCAAUGAAUCCUGCCAAGAUUACCAAAAUGGACGAAGAGGUGCAAAAGUGGUCCCGAAAGGAUCCACAGGCCAUUCGGAAGGCAAUGGUUCAUCCCGAACACUUGCCGAUGUUGGAGCGUGGUGAAAUGAAGCAUGGUUCCACCGGGGACAGUGACGAGGGCGAGAACGACGAUGCCGACACCGAGGAUCAGUCCGACCUGGAGGAAGAGGAAGAGGAGGAAGUUGAGGGAGAAGAGGAGGUCGAAAUAGACCAGGAAGCGGACAGUUUCAUAAUUAACACCCCCGAAUCGAUGGCCGACCCCGAACAGGAAGAGGUGGACAUAGACUUUGAGCUGGAAGUUCCGGAAUUCUACGACGACAUCAACGUAGAUUCGAAGGAAGGAUUCACCCUGGAAUUUGUGCAGAAAGAUCUGCUAACGCUAGAUGACGAAGACGAAUCGGUGUACAUCUCACCACAGCAGCAGCGACAAGCACAACUCAGCUUCCAGCAGCUCGAACCUGCCGCCAAACGAGCAAGGCUCGACGUCAAUUAUUCCAUCUCACCCGCCACUACCACCGCCGUUGUAGCGAACGGUCGAACGACAAUCAUCUCGGCGGCAGGGGCAACGACAACGGCGACAACUCCCACUACCGUCAACCAGAUCCAUCUCAACGGACAGCAAUUCCAGUUUACCUCCAGCGGGCAGCACUUCCAGCAGAUCCACCAGCAGCAGCAUCACAACCGGCGAAAAACUCCGCUGGUCACGCGAAUAGCCUAAGGAACCACAGAAUGUUUGUGUUUGGAAGGUAAACCACGUGGUAAGCCUUUCGCGAGCUAGAUUCGCAAUAGUCCUUGCAAUUCCGUUUUCCCGUCCCUGCAGUCAGUUUCCUUUCUUGUCCCACCCUUCAGUAAUUUAGUGGCUACUUACUAUUAUAUUUUAGAACAAAGUAUUCUUAAAAAUCCAAGCGUUAUACGCUGCGAGCGUAGGUACGGCAAGCUAUGUCGUUAAGGACACCCAAAGACAGUGAAAAAAAAACGAGGAGUUCACCCACACCAUACAAAACAAUGAAAACGCAUAUAACAAAUCUUUUGAGAGAUCUCAUUUCGUGUUUUGUGUAACCCCGCCACUGUUUCAGUCAGUCAAAGAGUCCCCAUCUUAGUUUGAUAUUUUCAUCAACUAACUUAUUAGUAAAAGAAACAAGAAUGUGAAAAUCGUUGAAAGUAACCUAGAUCAUCUUUCAAAAAUGUGAUACACAGCUGAUUGUGGUAGGACUUUUUUUCUUUAUAUAUAUUUUUUAGCUUUUAGUCCUGUAAAACCUGUUAGUACUGAGUAGGUUGUUGCCCGUCAGCAGUGGCUUCCGGUGAAGUUAUCGGAGGUCCUCGAAACACUGCCAACUCAGCUAGUCAGACCGGUAACUUCGCCUCGAACCCACUGCUGCGCGCGCUCGCUUCCUCGCAUCUGCCGUCGCGCAGGUUCGACGCAAUAAAAUAACAUCCUUGCAGCAAUAUAUAUGCAUAAAAUGAGGAGAGCUCCUUUCGGUUGUUUCGAAAGCUAAUUGUUUGUUACUUAUAGUCAUCCAAAACCAUCAUUAUGGGUGAAAGUGUCACUUUCUUCAAAAGAAUUAAAAAACGGUUGCAUUAGUUCUCACGAGAAGGUAUGUUUCACAAGUUAAUACUAAGUUUAAAUCGAAUGGGUUUUCCACACUGAAUCUAAGUCUGUUUUGCCGUGUAGUUUGGAUCGAACGAAUCUCUAUUUUUUUUUAAUUAUGCAGUAAAGACACUACAUAUAUUGACCUGCAGAGUGAAGGCAACAAAAUCGCGGUUUUUUGUUUAAACUUCACAUUAACCAAUGUAAAUUUAAUGCACAAUGUGGGUUACAGAAUGUAGUCUUUUUCUUGUUUCUGAGUAAAAUUCUGAAGCAAACUGGUAUCCGUAAACUUUCCUAUUGUGAACAAGAUUGUUUCUAUCGUAAGCUUUUUUUUGGCUCGUUAUUGUUCAGUCUACAAGUCUAUAUUUAAGUGUCUGUACUUUUGAGUUGGUGGAUAGUCAAUGCAAUCUUCUCCUUCUGCUGUCGAUUGUUAUUUGUUCUCUCUAUAUAACCGGAGAGCUUACUUUUUCAGUCUUGUUAUUGAAUAAUUCGUAUCGAAACGUCCAGUAAAUCCGAUCCGAUCAAGUCGGCCGUCCCCAUUCGAUGAAAUCCAAUACUUCUAUUUUCUCCAAUUCUUCUUGCCAGUAGCAUGCGCUUGUAUGUUUAUUAACAUUAUUUCGCGCCAAGCUUCAGCAGCUUCCAGAUAUUUGACAACUAAUCAAAGAAGCUUCAGCCGAGGGAGAAGGAUUCCAUUCAGUCCACAAAGUCUGGUAAUAUUCCGGAAUAGAAUACUGUAAACGAAACAGUAUCGAUUCCGAAAUGUUAAUCAAAAUAAACACGGAAUAAACAUUGCAGCAUUCAGUGUGGAAUAAACCAAACCCCCCAGCAGAGUACAAUUUCGCAUUGUUUUAUAGCAUCAUGAAUAUCAUUAUUUCAUUACAUAAUUUCGUUGUAUAUAUAAAUCAUAAACCCUUAGUUAAGAAUUUGUAAAAAAUAACGUUCAACCCCCAUUAUCACGGCUGCAUACAAGAACGGAAGCAGCGCUUUUUAGUACAUACGUUCUUUGUAGAUAAGUUUCACCCUGCAUUCGAGCUGUACAGUUUAAGGUCUCUCUUCCCAUUCUAACUUGAAACGAUCGGACAGAUUGUAUGGUAGAUUUUCUGUCUACUUGGCUAAUCAUAUUGUGAAAGGAAAAAAAAAAUCGUUUAGAUAGGUUGUUAGUCUAGCGUCAAAAGGUCUCCACAGGGCAAGACAAUGAAAACAGCAACAGCUGACACCAGUGCAGUAUUCGUUCAUUUGUUAGUACCAAAUUUAUGUUUUAAUGUUUACUUACAAAGCUCAAGAGCGCAGCUCUUAACCAAAAAGAGCAGCGCGCUGUGUUGAGUUUUUGAUCAUUCAAUGUUUACAAUCACGGGCACUAAAAAAAAUCCUUCCAGUCGGUAAAUGUUACGAUUCGUCAAACCUAGAAACUUUUCGAAUUGAUACAGAUUUUUGAUGAAACAAAAAUCGAAACAACAACCUAACCAACCAGGUGAAACGCGUGAUUGCAAACAUGUUUGUGACAUUUGUAACGGUACAACAGUAAUUAAAGCAAACAAAAGAAUAAGAUACCUUGUAUGGGAUAUUGUACACAGCUAAAGAAGAAACAUUUUUGUAUCAAAAAUCUUGAAAGAAAAAAAAAUAAAGAAAAAACAACAAAACUUA